GGAAGAACGAUGGAAGACCCUAAAGAAAAGUUUCAAUAGAGCACAUGAUAAAUACGAUGAUUUAACCUUUGAUCCGGAAACUAAAGAGAUUGUAGGACCUCCUUUGUUUUGCAGAAAUUGUGAACCCAAUGAUAAAUUUGGAGAUAUCAUGAUUAAAAUUCUCCUACCACUAACACUAGAAUACCAUCUAAGCUCGCGUACAAACGAAAUAACAGCAGUUGCCACAGAACAGCGGUCAAAUUUAAACAAUGAAAGUAAGAGAGAAAAAGCGAUAAAGACCAUUGCAGGAAAAAACAACAAUAUGAAGGCAUUUUUUGAAUCGUAUUUGCCUGACUCUUCAACACUGACUGUGGAUCAAAUUAAGGCUGCAAUAGAAACCCUUAACCUUCAUCGGCUAAGUAGGAUAAACAACCUUCUUGAUUUCGCAAGGGAUCAAGGAUUUACAAAUGGCAGUGGUUUGGGAUCCCUGGACCAUGAAAUGAACCUGGAUGGUGCUGGGUUCAUGCACUCUCUGUUUCUCCUCAGUGACUCGCUGGGUAAUCCUCUCAACCAAAGCAGAUUACGGGAUUUGAUAGCGUCAGCAAAAUGGUACAACGACUUUGGAGAGAUCUAUCAAACGCCAUCUUUUGAAUUCAAAGGAACGACUGCUGACCGUAUGAUUACGCUAAUGCUGUAUAGACUUAUUAUUGUACUUGUGAUGCCGACUAAUACUGAUGAUGAAAUCAAAGCUAAAAUCCGUGACAUGGAUGCCUUGAAUCGGUGGCAGAAUAACCCGUUGUCUAUCAAUUAAGGUCUUGGAGGACUAAUAAAACCAGACUACUUGGUGUAUCACCAUAAAUCGUUCUACGGAUCAGCCUACGGUCCACCAGCCCUUCAUAACGCAGCUCUAGUUCAAUAUCUUCAGGGAGGAACUAAGUACGCCUUAUCUUCGACAAGCGUGAACCAUAUCAAAGGAGGACUAGAGGCACUACGACUCAUGGCAGUCAAGUACUCCACUCCACCCAGUGUAAGCGGACGUUACCCAGAAUACUCAAACAAGGUUCUUGUGAAGAAUCUUCCUGCCUAUGCAUACAUCAGUGUAUCUUAUCCGUCUACUUUACCGACCUCAGUGCCAACAGGUGUAAGUGUAAGCAGUUUGAAUAAUCCAGAAUGGUUCCUGCGGUUAUACAAUGACUCAACUGUCAACAGUUAUCUAGAGGAUGGAGCGCCAAACAAAAAAAAGUACUAUUUCAACAGCCUGGGAUCUUUGCAGAUAAUGGAAGCAGUUAAAUCAUCGGCAGUAUCACAGGGCAAAUCGCAAGAGCUGUACCUUGAAGGUCAUUGGUCCAAGAACUUCGCCGCUCUUUCUAUACAUCGACGUAAGACUUGGGCAGUGACUGUAAAAGGUUUCAAUAACUUUGUCUGGGACUAUGAAACUUCAGCGGACGAAAAUGUGCUCGGGUUAUUUGCCAGUCAUGGUGCCGUCCUUAUCGCAAAUAAUGAAACAUCCCUUCAGUGUCAUGAUAUUGAAAACGGAUGGGAUUGGUCUAAAAUUCCUGGUACUACUACUAUCGCCUUAGGGAAUUCGAACAUAGAUGACUUAAAUAUUGGUAGAACCGGAAGAUUUUACAAUAAACGCAAAUUUGCAGGAGGACUCACUUUUAAGGGGACAAUGACCUCGAAGAGCGGACUGUUUGGCAUGAACUUUGAGCAACCGGAAUACGAUGUAUCAGGAUGGCGAGGGAGCAUUAGCUUUAGAUUCCAAAAGUCAGUUUUCAUGUUUGAAAACCUUUUAGUUGGCUUGGGAAGUAACAUUGUACUUCAAAAUAAUAACGGGAAAAUUGCUCAAACAACAUUAUUUCAAGACAAACUGUCAUCUUCGUCUUUUAUCAAAGUUGAUGGAACAGAAAAGGUUACAUCGACUGAUUACAGCCACAACCCGUCGUCAUCCUCAAGCACUACCCUUACAGACGCAAAAGGAAACCUGUAUUACAUACCCAUGAACAGUAGUCCCAUGUUAAAGGUCACCAUCGCAACGCAGACAUCCAAAAAAGAGGAUGGAGAAACGAGCACAUCUGGAAGAUAUGGUACGGCGUGGUUUGAACAUAGCUCGGCAAACCCUAGCUACGAGUACGCUGUCUUGAUACCGACUGCAUCGUAUCAUGCUCAGCUGAGUGACUUGAAAACCGCCCAGGACACUGAGAAUAACGAGGUCUACAAAGUCUUGAGGAAGAAUGCUGGUGCACACGUUGUUCAAUUUCUCAAAUCACCCAGGUCUUGGUCAACCCUCAGUCAUCCUGUUACAGGUUACGUCAUGUUUAGCGAUGAGAGUGCUUUGCCAGAUGAUGGGCCAAUAACGGCAGUGACCUCUGGAGAUUGUCUUCUAAUGACGGAAGCGAAAGCACACCUUGAAACAAACGCUGUUGAGAAAGCCAAGGAGUCGUUAUCAGAAGGUACGUUGCUUCUCACAAAUAGACAAAAGUUACUUUUGUUAGCAGAUAAAUCUGAGUUCGGUUGGAAAACAGUCGACGAAUAUUCACAACACGAGCUGGCAGAAGAUGAAGAUGAUCGAAAGAAGCUACGUCGCGCCGAAGAAAGAGCUGAGAAAGCUUUGAAGUCUGCCACUACUAGAAAGACAGCCAAGCGAGGCUCCUCAGUUUUCCGCCCGUCAAGUUCACGUUUUACUCCACCGACCCAAAGAACUUCCUCUGGGUUCAGUACCUGGCGUGGCAUGAUCGCUUAA